AUGGACGAAUACAUGGAGGACGUUGACGCGAGGGAGGAUGAGGAACAAGAAGAGGAAUAUGACGAAAAUGCAGACGAGGACUUCAACCCGGACAAGGCCACUGAAGACCCCGCUGGAUCCUCCUCCUCCGAGGACGAAGACGAAGCAGCUGUUGCAAAGCCUUUGCGAAAGACCAAGAAACGAAAGUCAGAGGUACCUCUAGAUGAAGACUUGGACUCUGGAGAUGAAGCCACAAUUAAAGCGUUGGCCCGCAAGAAACGGAAGAAACAAGAUGUCGAGGAUGAGGACAGCGCAGGAGAAGGCGGGUUUAUUAGGACCCGCGCGCAGAGGGUGGCAGAAAAGGAGGAGCGGAAACAUCGCAAACGGGCAAGAGAUGGAGAAGUCACAGUCGAUGUGGAUCAGCUCUGGGCGGAACUCAGCAGCGUACCUGUCGGUAGAACGGUGCUACCACCACCAGAGCCUGUUGAUGAAGAUAUGGAAGUCGACGUGGAUCAAGACAAGGAGAAUGCACCUGAAGCGUCGAGUGAGGAGAUGAUCACCAUAAGACGACGCAUCGAGUAUGCUGGAGAAGUCACAGAGGUCGAAGACCGGGUUCCUCGCGGCUCAAAGGAGGCGCAAAAGUAUCUUGCUGAACAUCCAGAGGCAGAUGGAGACAUGAAGCAGCUCGCAGCGGACCCCUCUGGGGUGCAACGGCCUCUCAAGCGACCGUCCAUGUUUGAGCCAAACCCCGGAGGACUAGUGAAGGGAGUUGCGCCUGAGAAGCUACGGCCGCGUGCCCCGAGYAGACUGGAUGUGCUCAUGGCCACCAAGAGAGCGGAAGAUAAGAAGAAUGCACAAAAGAUGAGCACGGUGCAGAAGAGCGCAUUGGAUUGGAGAGGUUACGUUGACCAGGAGGGUCUACGGGAGGAGUUGGAUGAGUAUGGUAAGAGUAGGGGAGGCUUCCUGGCGCGAGAGGCCUUUUUGGAUCGGGCGGCGGGGGCUCGUGAACAGGCUGCCAGGGAUGCGAGAUUGAAGCUAUGA